AUGUCUCCAAGACUCAACCACCGUAAAUCUUGCGACGAAAAGCAACCCGAAUGUAGCGCCUGUAUCCGUCACUUCGUGGUCUGCGAAUAUCCUGACCUCCAAACCAUAUUCCACAGCUAUGAGGCCCCAAGACAGCAAAGACGGUCAUCGUCGCGACCAGCCCCCCUUAGACGGAGCCUUCCCUCCCCCGAAAGAGCCAACCUCAACCCCACCGACCUCCAACUAAUACACCACUACGUCACCGCCACCGCCCACACGAUGGGCCACGCGCAGCUGCCCCCCGUCCUAGCCAUGUGGCAGCUAGCCGUCCCCGAGAUGGCCUUCGAGUACCCGCCGCUGCUGCACACCGUCCUCGCCGUCGCGGCCACCCACCGCGCCGCUUUACUUCCCGACGCCGCCGAUGCUGCCACGAGGCGUCUCCGCGCCGCGCACCACCUCCACAUCGACCGGGCCCUGAAGCACCACCGGGCGGAGACGGCCCGAGUCAAUCGUCCGGGUACAGUCGUCUCCGAAGCGUUGUGCAUGAACACGAUCCUGAUCUGCCUGUACGCGCUGACGCUCCGAGGCUGCGCAAGUGGACCUACUAGUCCAUGCACCACCUACGAGCCCCCGCUGUUAUGGCUGCACAUGUCCCGGGGCAUCCGGCUGAUGAUCGGCCGGGCGUACCACGGUCUCGUCGGGGCCAAGGCGCGGAUCGUGCCGUUGUUGAUGGCCAAGCCCUUGGUGCACGGGGGCGCCGCUACGGCUGCCAUCACCUCGCGAGGCGCUGCGAUCACCGUCCCCACGUUCGCGAGUCGCACAAGCAACAACAACAACAACAACAACAAUGCCAAGGGGAUAUCUAAUGCCAACAGCAGCAGCACCGAAAUUCGACCCCUCCAAUUUCUCCUAAACUGCAACCCUGACGAGGAAGGCGAAACGCCGCAGAUCCGCGCCGUCUACGACGAAUGCGUCAAAUACCUCGAGGGGAUGUACGUCGCGGUUGUGGACCGCGGGGAGGCGGGCUUCGAUCUUCGGAAGCGCUUCUCCUCGUUUGGGCCGAUGACCCCCGCCCCGUUUGUUGGGCUCGUGGCGGACCGCAGGCCCCGCGCGUUGGUUAUGCUUGCCUAUCUUUUUGCGUUGGCCAAGGGGGCGGAGGAGGUGUGGUGGUUGAAGGGGAUUCCGGAGCGGGAGGUUAGGGGGAUAUAUGGUGUUUUGCCGGUGAGGUGGAAGGGGGCAAUGCGGUGGGCGGUGGAGUACGUUACUGGGGGUGGUUCGUGGGGUCUUGGGGAGGAGGGGGCGAGAGGGGCUGUGGUUGGGUAG